CCACAAAUGAUAUCUAUUGCUUUAUUCAUUUGGAUUGUAUUGUGCCUUAUUUGCUUUUGUAUCCCGGUGCCCAGUACAAUGUCUGACUCAUAACCAGCGCUCAGAAAAUGUUGAACACCUGCAAAGGAAGCAGAAUCUUUCAUUUACUCUUUUGUCUAAAGGGGAAGGGCUAAAUCUGGAUUGCCUUGUAGAUAACCUGAACACUUAAUUAUAUUUCUAAAAUUGAAAUGGAAUGGUUACCAAUUUACAGUUCUUGGUAGUUUUAACUAUCCAGAACUGUAACGGCGUUUUAACGCCAUCAAAAACGAAUGCAAAACAGAAAGGGAACCCUCUCACUUGGACUCUUAACUUCUCCCUAAUGAUCUGUGCCUGCAAAGCUGGGCGCGGAGGCCAAUCAGUGCGGCAGAUCGAGGGCCAGCCAAUCAUUCAAAGAGGCCCUAGUCCCGCCCCCGGCGCUCAGCCUCUGGCCUUUGGGUGCCCAGGCGGGGCGACACUCCCCCCAUCUCGGCACCUGCGGUGAAUUGUGUAGCGGUCUCGUCCUUCCACAACGCUGUGUCUGAGAGCCAGCCAUGACUACCAAAGAUUAUCCAUCAUUGUGGGGUUUUGGAACAACAAAAACAUUUAAAAUUCCCGUUGAACAUUUGGAUUUCAAGUAUAUUGAAAAAUGUUCAGAUGUUAAACACUUGGAAAAAAUUCUUUGUGUGCUCAGGUCUGGUGAGGAAGGAUAUUAUCCUGAACUUACGGAAUUUUGUGAAAAGCGCCUUAAAGGCUUGGCUCCUGAAAGUAGAGCUUUGAGGAAAGAUAAGCCUGCAGCAACAGCAUCCAGCUUUACAGCAGAAGAAUGGGAAAAAAUUGACGGUGAUAUAAAGAGUUGGGUAUCAGAAAUUAAAAAUGAAGAAAAUAAAAUAUACUUUCAUGAAACUGAGACAUUUCCAGUGGUGGAAGAUAAUUUGCCUCCAGUUCGUGGUUCAAACAGCCGUCUUCAUGUUAGUAAGGAAAAAUAUUCUAAUAGUAGACCAACUAAAAAGAAAAUCCCAAGGGAUUAUGCAGAAUGGGAUAAAUUUGACGUGGAAAAAGAAUGUUCAAAAAUUGACGAAGAUUACAAAGAAAAAGCCGUAAUAAACAACAAGUCACAUUUGUCUAAAAUUGAGACAAGAAUAGACACAGCAGGUCUAACUGAGAAAGAAAAGACUUCCCUUGCUACUCGUGAAAAGGAAAAAGGAAAUGAAGCUUUCAACUCAGGAGAUUAUGAGGAGGCUGUGAUGUAUUAUACUAGGAGUAUAUCAGUGCUUCCCAAUGUCGUGGCCUAUAACAAUCGCGCUCAAGCAGAACUCAAGCUACAGAACUGGAACAGUGCUUUUCAGGAUUGUGAAAAGGUGUUGGAGUUAGAACCUGGAAACUUAAAGGCUCUUCUGCGCCGUGCCACUACAUAUAAACAUCAAAACAAGCUCCAGGAAGCUAUAGAAGAUUUGAAUAAAGUACUGAAUGUUGAACCUGAUAAUGAGUUGGCCAAAAAGACCUUGUUGGAGGUUGAAAGAGAUCUGAAAAAUUCUAAACCUGCACCUAAGACUGAAACCAAAGGGAAGAGAAUGGUAAUCCAGGAAGUAGAAAACUCAGAGGAUGAAGGUGGAAAGGACAGCAGAAGAAAACAUGAAGACAACAGCGGAGAUAAGAAGGGCGCGGAGCCGGCGGGAGCCAGGAGCGCCGCGGAGCUGUGCGCCAUGGGCAACAUCCAGAAGAAGCUGACCGGCAAGAGCGAGGGUGGCAAGCGGUCGGAGAGGGGCGCGCCGCGGCGGGGUCGGUCGCCAGGGGCCGGCUCGGACAAGCGGGGCCGACCGCGUGCUUCGGCGGCGGCGGAGGGCGGCGCCAGCCGGCACCCUGGCGGCGGGCGGGGCGCGGGAGACCCCACCGCCGCGCCCCCGUCCCCCGCCGCCCCUCUCGGCCCCGCCGGCCUGAAGAGCCAGGGCAACGAGCUGUUCAGAAGCGGGCAGUUCCCCGAGGCGACCCUCAAGUACUCGGCGGCGAUCGCGCAGCUGGAGCAUGCAGGAAGUGGAAGCGCAGAUGAUCUAAGUAUCUUAUAUUCAAAUAGAGCAGCGUGUUACCUAAAAGAAGGAAACUGCAGCGGCUGCAUUCAAGAUUGUACCAGGGCUCUGGAACUUCAUCCAUUCUCCAUCAAACCUCUUCUUCGACGAGCAAUGGCCUAUGAAACUUUAGAGCAGUAUCAGAAAGCUUAUGUGGAUUAUAAAACGGUGUUGCAAAUGGACUGCACAAUCCAGCUAGCGAAUGACAGUAUUAACAGGAUAACAAGAAUUUUAAUGAAUCUGGAUGGACCAAGCUGGCGGGAGAAGCUGUCACCCAUUCCUGCUGUGCCCACUUCCAUGCAUUUACGAGCUUCGCAGCCUGCCACAGAGACACCCCCAGACCAAGUGGGAGACUCCUGUAGCCAUUCCCAGCCUGGCAUCACAGAUGAAAAAAUGUUUAAAACCCUUAAAGAAGAAGGAAAUCAAUGUGUAAAGGACAAAAACUAUAAAGAUGCCCUUAGUAAAUACAUUGAAUGCUUAAAGAUUAACAACAAGGAAUGUGCCAUUUAUACAAACAGAGCUCUGUGUUACUUGAAGCUGUGCCAAUUUGAAGAGGCAAAGCAGGAUUGUGAUCGGGCACUUGAGAUAGAUAACAGGAAUGUAAAAGCGUGCUACAGACGAGCUCUGGCUCAUAAAGGACUCAAGGAUUAUCAGAAAAGUUUAAACGAUCUCAAUAAAGUUCUUCUGCUGGAUUCAAGUAUUAUUGAGGCAAAGAUGGAACUGGAAGAGGUAACCAGACUCCUUAAGGAUAAUGCAUCAUUCAACAAAGAAAAAGAGAGAAGGAAAAUUGAAAUUCAAGAGGUGAACGAAGGCCAUGAAGAAGAGCCUGAAAGGACCUCUGAGGUGUCCAAUGACUGCUUUGCCACCAGGAAGGAGGACACAACCAGUGGGCCACCAGCAUACUGUGAAACACUCCCGAUCGCCAGGCCUACCAAUGCCUAUGAAUUUGGUCAGGUUAUAAAUGCCAUCAGCACGAGGAACGAUAAAGAGGCCUGUGCACACCUUUUAGCCGUCACUGAACCGAAAGAUUUGCCAGUGUUGUUGAGUAACAAACUUGAAGGGGAUACAUUCCUCCUCCUCAUUCAGUCUCUGAAAAAUAAUCUUAUUGGGAAAGAUGCUUCUUUGGUGUAUCAGCAUCUUUUCUAUCUAAGUAAAGCAGAAAGGUUCAAGAUGAUGUUGACACUAAUUAGCAAGGGCCAAAAGGAGCAAAUUGAACAGCUCUUUGAUGACCUCUCAGACACACCAAACAAACAUUAUACUUUAGAAGAUGUACAGGCCCUAAGAAGGAAGUAUGAGCUUUAAAUGAAGGCUAUUGUUAGGUUUCUUCCAUGCAUGUAUGAGGUCCAGUAGUGCUAAUGGGAUGGUAUUUUAAUAGCAUUGCAUGGAUAAAACCUGGUUUCGAAAAGAUCCUUUGGUUUGGACUGUAAAAUAUUUUAUGUAUUUUUAUAUAGAGAACAUGUAUAUUCUACGAUAUGCUUUUAUUAGUUGUAAAUAUUUUCCUACGUACCAGAGCUAACAUCUUUAUAUUUAAUAAUAAGUAUAUUUGGAACUUGUUCAAGUACAUUUUAAUUUAUAUUCUAAAUUUUCUUUUAAUAACUCGUUAAAAAUUUGAGUUCCAUUCCUUUGGGCCAUAAAGGAUUCCUCUUAAGUUUGAUAGAAGUGUAUUUCUUUAAAAGUGAAAAUCAUUAACAGUGAUUAUUAUGUCACCUUUAUUUCCUGCUAUGAUAUAUAUAUAAAUACUAUUUUAUACUACUUCUGGAUUACAAUCCACUAAGGUGAAAUGUAACACUUAAAUCUUACAAUAUGAAAUGAUUAUUAAAUAAAUUAUUAACUUAGAGCUAUAAGAGAACUUCUUUUUUCACGUGGAAACAUUGCCUAAUAAUUAAAGAACAAAAAUUGGCAAAAAUUUCUACUACUUACUACUUUUUACUAGAUUUUAAAAUGCGGUUUCCCGAACAACUGUAUAAAAGCAGACUAAGCCUGCAUUGUCCCCUCCACAUUUUCCCCAACGUUUAGAUGUUGUCUUCACCCUUUUUUCCCGCCCCCCACCCCCCAAUUUAUUCCCUCAACGGAAAAGUGAAGUCUUAUUAAAAUCUCCUUUGUUAACUGGGUCAAAGUAAAGGUAUUUCUUACAAUAAAACAUUCAGGUCUCUA